AUUUUAUAUGAAUACAACUCAAUUAGAAGGAAUUUCUUUAUCUAAAGAUUUGGAGCGAUUUAUAAAGAAAACAAAGAUAUCAAAUAAAGUAAUUAAUGGAUAGUUAGAUCAAAUCAUCACAGAAAUUGAGGAAGCUAAAUCAAAUAAUGAUUAUUCUUAAUUAAAAGAUAAAUUGCAAGUAUAAUAUUAGAUUAAGAAAGAAUUUAAAACCAUUAACAAAAAUUAAAUAAACAAAUAAUGAAUCCUAUGCUUAUAUAUCAAAGAUGGGAAAAAACAUGGAUAUGUUAUAUAAAAAAAAUUUAUAAUAUGGUCAAGAACAUAUAGAGUUAGAUAAGACAGUCCUAAUAGAAGUGAAAAAUUAAAUUAUAUAUUUAGUUAAUAAAGAAUCAUUUGUUAAGGGAUGGAGAAUUUGAGGCUUAUGAGACCUUAUUAAAAGAAUCAGGUUCAGUAGAUUCUAAUUUACAUUAAUUUUUUACAGUAACCUAAAACAUUGUAAAAGAUUUAAAAGAAAGAAAAUUAGAUUCAGCUAUUUAUUGGGCAGAAACUAGAGAAAAAAAAUCUAUGAAUUAUCUACUUUAUGAAUUGUUGAAACAAAAAGUAUUGAACUAUUUAUAUAUUAAAAAGGCUAUACAAUUAGUAUAAACUGAAGGUAUUAGAGCUGCUAUUUAUUUUUUAAGAAAUAGUUCUUCAUUUUAAGAAUAGAGUAAAGUUCAUUUAUAUGAAAUUUGUUUAAUUACAUCAUCUUUUUUAAUUUGGCCCAAUGUAGAAAAUACUAAAUACUAUUAUUUAUAUGAUGAUGAAAAAAAUUGGCCAAGAAUUUUAAAUCUAUUUUUAGAGGUAGCUGCAAAAUCUUAAAGUAAUUACUUAAAUUAUUCCAGAUAUUUUAACUAAAUCUGAAAUUAGAACUGUAUAUUCAGCUGGAUGUUUAGCUAUGCCUAAAUUAAUAAAAUAUAAUUAAAUUACAAGAAGUAAUAAUAUUUUAUAAUUCAUAUAGAUAGAUCUUCAGAAGUAUUAACAAAUGAUAUUCCUAUUGAUAUUGAAAUAGGUAAAGAAUUUAAAUAUCAUUCUUUUUUUGUAUGUCCUGUCUCUAGAGAAGUAACUAAUUCUGACAAUCCUCCAGUUUUAUUAAAAUGUGGACAUGCCAUUUCUAAAUUAUCAGCCCAUAAAAUUAUAGCUAAUAAAUCCAAAUUCAAAUGUCCAACUUGUCCUGUUGAAACAAAAAGUGCUGAUUUACCUGAACUUAUUUUUAUUUGAUAAAUACAAC